AUGGACAAGAGAUUUUGGCGGGAAAUCGAAGAUGCUCGAAAGUCAGAGCAAAGUAAAAGCAAAAUCGAAAAAAAUUCGUUAAGAUAUGUUGAUAGCGUAAUAGAGAGCUCAGUUAAUGAUUCGGAAAGUGCAAGAACAUAUCUAUCUAACAAGUUGAAAUCGUUCGUGAGUACAAAUCAAUAUGAGAAUCCCUCUGAAAGUGUUAAUGACCUAGAGAGUAAUGGUGAAAGCAAUACGUCUCCAUGCGAGGUAGCAAGAGAAAAGCAUCAAAAGAGUACCGACAACAAAGAUUACAUGUAUGAAAAAAAACGGCCAUUCGGGGUUAACGAUGAUGACGAAUUUUUUGAAUCCGACGACGAAAUGGAGGAUGUGUCAACCGAAGUCCAAGUGUUUAUUGCAAAGAUGAGGGGAAUAAGCCACCGUCUUUUCGAUUAUCGAAUUGUCAACCUUUCUGAGCGAGAUCAAAUGGACCCAGUAAACAAAGUCUUUACAGACGAUGAGAGGAAGGCGAUGAGGAAUUUCUGGAAUAAUAGUGAACCAUCAGAUGAAGAGAAAUCAAACACCUUACGUCGAUCAAAAUGGGAAAAAAGCAUGAAACAACUCGUCAAUAAAUAUUCAUCUGCUGUUGAGGUAAAAUCGGUUUUUGACGAAGAAGAAUCGUCAUUGGAGACUAUUUUUGAAAAGCCAUUUGAGGGAAAGCUUAUAUUUAAGACUCAUUACGACCUGUUGUGGAUGCAGGACGUCUAUAAGCGAUUUGUACUCCUAUUUGCCAUGCCCUUUAAUUUACUUCAUGAUCCGGAUGAAACUGAGUUUGCAUAUAGGGAAUCAUUCGUUAACCCGAUAAUUCCUAAAGCCUUCGACGAUGUGAGCGCUAAUAUCAGAUUUAAAACCGGAGAGUUGGAGAGUGCCUUGCGAAAAAAACACAGAAACGAGACUAAGGGGCAAAAUCCGCGUGUCAACCUCGGGACGAACUAUGAUGGACUCCUCAAGAUCUGCAUGAAUGCUAAAGAAAUAGAAGUGGGAUUUUUGGAAGUCGUGGGUAAUGCAGUGUUGGUGGAUGAGAAAAAACGGCAUAAUGACCUGGAUAAAUUACUUAAAGCUAUGGUUAUAUCAAUUUUUUAUCAAAGACAGUAUCAUCUGCAACGCAAUGCCACGGAAGAACAGCUUGAAUGUAUCCAGAGUUAUGGAGUGCUUGUAUAUCAGCGGGAGACGACGAUUUAUGUAAUGCAUUUCAAAGGAGGAUUGCAUAUUGUCGACACCCUUACAAAUUUCAUAAUUCCAGAUAGUGUUGAUCAAGCAUAUGUACUGGCAGAAAUUAUAGAGAAAACGUAUUUCUUUAAG